GACGGCCAGACAGGCCCGGGAAAGGUGCCUACUGGGCGUUACAUCCUCAAGCAUUUGACAUGUUUGAAAACGGCAGUCUACUACGAAGAAGAAAGCGAUUUAAAUUGCAUAAAAAUGAUAAGGACAUACUGAAUGAGGAAUUGACCGCACUUGCGAACCUAAAUCGAUUUUUCUUUACAAAUCGCAAUGGAAGUGUAUCGCAUAUGACGUCGCUAGACGGCAACAAUGCAUCUAUGAGCCUUGACUCGACUCUGCAUUAUCCGAGAGUAGCAAAUCAAUUAUCAACGCCUUUAGCUCAAGAUAUAGCACUGUCCAAUUUGCCCUUGAUAACUAGUCCAGAUAGUGAAGGUCCGAUAAGUUUACGACCGAAGCGUUCCUUUACGAUAGAGAGUCUAAUUACUCCCGACAAACCUGAACACCAUUCGGAGGAGGAAGACGAGGAUGAUGACCGAACUGAUAUAGAUGUAGUGGAAUGUAGUGGAAUUUUCAGAUAUCCGCCAACAUCUUCGUCCGACGAAUAUAUGGCAAUGAGUCGAAUAAACCACACUGAAGAUCAGCGAGAACGACCGCUACCGCCGUUACACACUAUAAAUGCAGGAAACGUACCGUUUCUUCAUUAUGCCGCAGGAGCCAAUGUAUCAGGACUGAGCUCGGGAAAUCUCCAAUCCUCGGGAAUCCCCAGCACCACAUAUGAACUAGCUAUUUCCCAUCCACUGUUUAUGAUGGCAACGGCACCCCUGGCCAAUAUGCACAAUAUCUAUUAUAAUAACGUUACUCUGGUGGCACCGUCACAACAAUAUCUUACACCGGAAGCCCAAAAUAGAAUAGACAAUGAUUUGCGUACUAUAUAAUUAGAUCAAACUAGAAUAUUGCUGUACAGAAUUAUUUAUGAAGAUAU